GUGGCUCUCUCUUUCUGUGUCUCAUUUCGCAAGAUGGCGGAGGCUGCAAACUGCAUCAUGGAGAAUUUUGUAACCACGCUGGCUAAUGGGAUGAGCCUGCAGACUCCGCUAGAAGAUGUCUCGUGCACCCAGCCAGAGAGCAGCGGCAAGCCGACAGCAGAGGAGAUGACCUCCAAGGAUUACUAUUUUGACUCUUAUGCUCACUUCGGCAUUCAUGAGGAGAUGCUGAAAGACGAGGUGCGCACGCUGACCUACAGAAAUUCCAUGUUUCACAACCGGCACCUCUUCAAAGACAAAGUGGUCCUGGAUGUUGGCAGCGGGACCGGGAUCCUCUGCAUGUUUGCAGCCAAGGCUGGUGCCAAAAGGGUCAUCGGGAUCGAGUGCUCCAGCAUAUCCGACUAUGCCGUCAAAAUAGUCAAAGCCAACAAACUCGACCAUGUGGUGUCCAUCAUCAAGGGCAAGGUGGAGGAGGUGGAGCUGCCUGUGGAGAAGGUGGACAUAAUCAUCAGCGAGUGGAUGGGCUAUUGCCUCUUCUAUGAGUCCAUGCUCAACACCGUCAUUUACGCCCGCGACAAGUGGCUGACUCCUGAUGGGCUCAUAUUCCCAGACCGGGCUACUCUGUACAUCACAGCGAUUGAGGACCGGCAGUACAAAGACUACAAGAUCCACUGGUGGGAGAACGUGUACGGCUUUGACAUGUCCUGCAUCAAAGAUGUGGCGAUCAAAGAGCCUUUGGUGGAUGUCGUUGAUCCGAAGCAGUUGGUCACCAACGCUUGCCUCAUCAAGGAGGUGGACAUCUACACGGUGAAGGUGGAGGACCUCACCUUCACGUCGCCCUUCUGUCUCCAGGUGAAACGCAAUGACUACAUCCACGCCUUGGUAGCCUACUUCAACAUAGAGUUCACCCGUUGCCACAAGCGCACUGGAUUCUCCACCAGCCCCGAAUCUCCCUACACCCAUUGGAAGCAGACGGUUUUUUACAUGGAGGACUACCUAACAGUGAAGACGGGAGAGGAGAUAUUUGGCACCAUUGGCAUGAAACCGAAUGCCAAGAACAAUCGAGACCUGGACUUCACCAUCGACCUGGACUUCAAGGGCCAGCUGUGCGAGCUGUCGUGUUCCACGGAUUAUCGGAUGCGUUAACCCGUCUGCCCCUCUGCCAUUUUCUUUCCCCCCGCCUCUCCUCCCCUCGACCUCCCUUGCACCCAGAGCGUAACCUGCCCCCUUACCCUCUUCUGUUGGCGUUUUCACGAAUUCAUUUCAUUGUGUAGUUCCCUUUUUUGCUGCUGUUAAGCUGCAACUCUGGGCCAGCAAGGAAGAGGAGGGGCCAGUAUUAGACACUGGGGGGGGGAGAUAGCCAAGACCCCCUCCCCUACCAGAUUGCCCCUCAUUUUUUUCAAUACCUCCCUCUUCCCACCCAUCCCCACCCUCCCAAGGAACUGAGUCGGUUAGCGCAGCUGAAGAUGCGCACGUGUUUUUGCCCAUCUGUUCGUCCCGAGGCCCGAGCAGCACCACAUCCAUCAUGAAGUUUUAUCUCACUUGUUAAAUCAUUGUUGGUCUCCCCUGCCAAACUGUGAUGCCCAUAAUCUUUCUGCCUCCUACACCAUGUCCAGAGUAAACUCUGUUCCUUACUGUCUCCUCCAGAGCAAGUGUUGCUCAGGUUUUUUUUCGGGGGGGAGGGGGAGAAGAGAGUACACGUGUCUAUUUAGAUUUGAUCGGG